GUGCAGAACACGUUCAUCGAGGUCGUCGCGGAAGACAACAGGUGCGCGAGCGUCCGGCGCGUCCGCUCGGCGCCCGCGGCGCCCGCGCCGAGCGCGGUCGAGCAUGAGCAGGGGCACUGGUGCGGCGCGGCGGAGGGGCUCGACGCCGAGGUCGAUCGGCUCGGCCAGGCCGCGGACUUCUUCGGCACCUUUGCAAGCAGCGCCGCAGGCCCCGACGGCGCGGAGCACGCAGAGGACCGGACCACCGUGCUGGUGCGGAAUCUGCCCCCCAGCUACACUCGCGACCUCCUCCUGGAGCUGCUCGACUCGCACGGCUUCUCGGGACUCUACGAUUUCGUCUACGUGCCCUUCGAAUUCAAUUCUGGCACGACAUUCGGCUUUGCGUUCGUGAACCUCACGAAGCCCGAGCACGCCGCGCGCUUCAGGGCGGUGUUCGAGGGCUUCUCCUCGUGGCAGGUGCACUGCGAUCGCGAGAUGGCGGUGGGUUGGAGCUUCGCGCAGGGUUACGAGGCCCAUGUGGACCGAUACAGGAACAGCCCAAUCAUGCACGACGCCAUGCCGGACGGCUGCAAGCCCGUCGUGUUCGAGAGCGGGGCGCGCGCAAAGUUCCCGCUGCCCACCAAGCGGCUGCCGCUCCUCAGGCGUCAGCGGCGCCGCCCCAACCCGAGCGGCGCCCGCGCGCCCACGGCGGCAGCGCCCCCCGGAGAGCACGACCUGCAGGAGCUGCCGGCUGGCGGCGCCGCCCGCGGGAGCCUGCUGGCGGCGGGGCUCUACCCGGGCGCCGGCGAGAUCCCAGAGCCAGGCGACGAGGGCCUGUCGCGUGCGGCGCUCCGCCCCGGGCGGCAGGCGCCGCCGGGCAGGGCGGCGCCCAGCUGGGCCGACCUGUCCGAGGACGCCGGCGGCCCGGAGGGCCUGCUGAGGCCGGCGCUCUGCCCGAGGCAGGAGCUGCGGCCGCGCUCGCCGGCGCGGCGUGCGCCCUCCGCGGCGGUGGCGGUGGCGGGGUGCAGGAGCGCCGGGGGCACGGACCAGCACAGCGAGUCCUCCACCGACGUGCCCAAGCCUGUCAUGCGUGCGGGGGCCUUUGUGAAGGAGGCCUCGAGCUCGCAGCUGAGCUCCGCCUCCGGCUCGGAACUCGCCGACGUCCCCCGCCACGGCCCCAGGCGCGGGAAGCGCGCGGGCCGUCGCAGCGCCAAGAGCUCCGCGAGCGCGGCGCCCUGGAACGCAGGCUCGAUCUUGCUGCCGGGCCUGGUGGCAUGCACGUCCCUGGGCGACGGGCCGCUCACCAGCAUCGUGGACGAGCACGAGGCGCCCUAGCGGGCAGCAGCGCGUGUCUGACUUCCGGCAGCGUGCAGCAUGGAGACCCAAAGCGCGCGCGCUGCCAGCAAUGUCUUGUAAGUUAGUCCUAGGUACUGGUUCCGCCGUGGCCCGAGUGGCCGCCUGCCGGGAGUAUCCUUCGUCUUGAGUCGGACCUGUCUUUCUACGGGG